AUGCUCACCCAGCGGCCGCAGCAGGUGUCGACACCGCCCCACCGGCAGUGUGGAGCCACAGGAGCCCCGCCCCCCGUGCGGCCCCGCCCCGCGGAGCCCCCAGCCCGCCGCAGCCAUGGCGGCCCCGGCCGCGCUGCGCCCGCUCCUGCCCCUCAGCGGGAAGAGUGGGAUGAGUGCCGGUUGUCCGCGGGGAUGAGCGCCGGGUGUCCGCGGGAUUGUCCGCGGGAAGAGCGCCGGGUGUCCGCGGGAUUGUCCGCGGGAAGAGCGCCGGGUGUCCGCGGGGAUGAGCGGGAUGAGUGCCGGGUGUCCGCGGGAUUGUUCGCGGGAUGCUUGCGAGCCGAGCCGCGCUCCGGCAGCGACAUCGUCCAUCCCGUCAAGGUCGACGAGAGCGGAGCCUUCCUGUCCUACGACUUGUCCCACCGGGCCCUUCACCGCCGGUCUCCUGCCUCCAGGAGCAAGCUUCCCGCCUUCUACGAGCUGCAGUACAGAGGGCAAGCCCUGAAAUUCAACCUGAGCCUCAACAGGCACCUCCUGGCUCCGGGCUUUGUCAGCGAGAGGCGUUUCGGGGGCAUCGCCGGCGCCAAGAUCCAGCCUCGCUCCUACAACCCGUGCCAUAUGAUCGGGGAGGUGCGGGGCCGGGCGCCGCAGCCGGGGCUGGCUGCCCUCAGCACCUGCGAUGGCCUGAAAGGUGUGUUUCAGCUCAUGGACGAGGACUAUUUCAUCGAGCCCGUGUCCAGCAGCCCCCGGGAGGAGGGAGCAGCACAGCCCCACAGGAUCUACAAGCGCCAGGUGCCCCAGGACAGGGCUGAGCAGGGCAGGAGACCCCCGGCCCCACGGGAGCCCUGCGGCGUGCGAGAGUCUCAGGACGGCCUGGAGCAGUCUGAGAGGCGCAGGGAGAGGUGGGAGCAGAAGCAGCGGAGGAGGAGAAGGAUCAGGCAGCGCUCCAUCAGCAGGGAGAAGUGGGUGGAGACGCUGGUGGUGGCAGACACCAAGAUGGUGGAGUUCCACGGCAGCGCCAACAUCGAGAAGUACGUGCUGACCGUCAUGAACAUGGUGGCAGGGCUGUUCCACCAUGCCAGCAUCGGGAACCCCAUCAACAUCGCCAUAGUGCGGCUGGUCCUGCUGGAGCACGAGGAGGAGGACCUGAAGAUCUCCCACCACGCAGACAACACCUUGAAAAGCUUCUGCAAGUGGCAGAAGAGCAUCAACGUGAAGGGAGACUCCCACCCCCUGCACCACGACGUGGCCGUGCUGCUCACCAGGAAGGACAUCUGUGCUGCCAUGAACAGGCCGUGUGAGACCCUGGGGCUGUCGCACGUGGCCGGGAUGUGCCAGCCCCACCGGAGCUGCAACAUCAACGAGGACACGGGGCUGCCCCUCGCCUUCACCGUGGCCCACGAGCUGGGACACAGUUUUGGGAUUCAGCAUGAUGGAAGCAGCAAUGACUGUGAGCCAGUUGGGAAAAGACCUUUCAUCAUGUCUCCACAGCUCCUGUAUGACACGUCCCCACUCACCUGGUCCCGCUGCAGCCGCGAGUACAUCACACGCUUCCUCGACCGGGGCUGGGGGCUGUGCCUGGAUGACCGCCCGGCCCGGGAGCUGCUGGACUUUCCCCUGGUGCCCCCGGGCGUCCUGUACGACGUGGGCCACCAGUGCCGGCUGCAGUACGGCCCCUACUCCACCUUCUGCGACGACAUGGACAGUGUCUGCAGCACGCUGUGGUGCACGGUGGGGAACACGUGUCACUCCAAGCUGGACGCAGCUGUGGAUGGCACGGCCUGCGGGGAGAGCAAGUGGUGCUUCAACGGCGAGUGCGUCCCCGUGGGAUUCCGGCCCGAGCCCAUCGACGGCGGCUGGAGCUCCUGGAGCUCCUGGGCCUCCUGCUCCCGCAGCUGUGGAGCAGGAGUGCAGAGUGCUGAGAGGCACUGCAGCCAGCCCACGCCCAAGUACGGGGGCCGCUACUGCCUGGGCGAGCGCAAGCGGUUCCGGAUCUGCAACGUGCGGCGCUGCCCCCCGGACAAGCCCUCCUUCCGCCAGCUCCAGUGCAGCCAGUUCAACCCCAUGCCCUACAAAGGGAAGCUCUACAAGUGGACACCAGUGCCCAACAACAUUAACCCCUGCGAGCUGCACUGCCGGCCCGAGCACGAGUACUUUGCGGAGAAGCUGCGCGACGCCGUGGUGGACGGCACGCCCUGCUACGACAGCGAUGCCAGCCGCGACCUCUGCAUCAACGGCAUCUGCAAGAGCGUGGGCUGUGACUAUGAGAUCGACUCUCACGCCGUGGAGGAUCGCUGCGGGGUCUGCCACGGGGACGGCUCCACCUGCCACACCGUCCACAAGACCUUCGAGGACAGCGAGGGGCUGGGUUAUGUGGACAUUGGGAUUAUCCCCGUGGGAGCCCGGGAGAUCCGGAUUGAAGAGGUGGCAGAAGCCGGGAAUUUCCUGGCGCUGCGGAGCGAGGACCCGGAGAAAUAUUUCCUGAAUGGUGGCUGGACCAUCCAGUGGAACGGGGACUACAGGGUGGCAGGGACCACCUUCACCUACAAGAGGACAGGGAACUGGGAGAACCUCACCUCUCCGGGGCCCACCGUGGAGCCCGUGUGGAUCCAGCUGCUGUUCCAGGAGACCAACCCCGGGGUGAGGUACCAGUACACGAUCCAGCGCCCGGCCGACAGCGAGAACGAGAUCGAGCAGCCCGAGUUCCUGUGGCGCUUUGGCUCCUGGACCACCUGCACGGCCACCUGUGGGACAGGGGUGCAGCGGCAGGUCGUGCACUGCGUGGAGAGGCUGGCGGGCCUGGUGGAGGAGCGGUUCUGCGACGCGCUCACGCGCCCCGACGACCAGCAGCGCCCCUGCAGCGAGGAGCCCUGCCCGGCCAGGUGGUGGGUGGGUGAGUGGCAGAAGUGCUCAGCCACGUGUGGCCGGGCAGGGCUGAUGAAGAGGACGGUGCUGUGCAUCCAGAGCGUGGGGCUGGACGAGCAGAGGGCCCUGCAGCCAGCAGACUGCCAGCACCUGGCCAAGCCGGAUGCCACCGCGCCCUGCCACCCCGAGGUCCCCUGUCCCUCCCCGUGGGCUGUGGGCAACUGGUCCGAGUGCUCGGUGAGCUGUGGGAACGGGACCCAGAGGCGCCCAGUCCACUGCAGCAGCGGCAGCAGCGGGGCCCCGUGCGACCCUGCCGAGAGACCCAGCCCCGAGAGGGCUUGCUCCUUGCCACAGUGCCACCAGAAAUGGGACAGCGACUGGUCUGGCAGCGGCUCCUCCAGCAGGGAGAUACUCAAUGAAAUCCCUUACAUCCCCAGCAACCACAUUCCUAAACUUAACCCCUUGAUCCCGAACGUCCCCGAGUCCAACGACGUCAAUGUCAUCACCGAGGAGGACUUCUCAGCCAGAAAAGGAAAUGUCUUUGUCGAUGAUUUUUACUACGAUUACAACUUCAUCAACUUCCACGAGGACCUGUCCUACUAUCCCUUCACAGAGAAGGAGCCACAGCCAGAGCUGAGCACUGCUGGCACGGAGGGGCCCUGGGAGAUGCCCACUGAGCUCACCACCGAGCUGGGAGCAGAGAGCCAGGAGCAGCCAGCCCCCGAGGAGGAACUCACUCCUGCUCCUGUGGAUGGGCAGCACACAGAGCCCGGGGAUUUAGCCACCAACCACCUCCUGAGCGUGGUCCCCGAGGAUGUGGGAUCAGCCACUCCCAGCUACACCACCCCUGGCUUUUUGGCUGAGGAGGAGGAGGAGGAGGAGGGUACGGUGCCUGUGCCCCACUCUGAGCACCCCCCAGCCACCCAGAGCUCCGUGAGCCACCGCUCUGCAAACCACGGCCAGCCGCCCUGGGGUGAGCCCCACGGAGCUGUGCCCAGCAGGAGCAGCCUUGGGCAGGGUGUCCCUGCUCCCGGGGGUCCCCACCCCGCUGGUGUGGGCUGGGGCACUGCCGGGGUGGACGUGUCCCUCGGGCCAGCAGGAUGGGACAGCGAGGGCCGUGUGAGCACACAGGGGCACGGCCCAGCCUGGUCUGCAGGGAGAGGCCACAGGGACUCCGGGCAAGUGGCUCUGGCCACCACCAGUGACAUCCAUGGUGCAGCCCCACAGCCCACCGAGCAGCACGGCCGGGCAGGGAUGCCAGAGGAGAUGCUGGACCCGCGGGCAGGAGGGCAAUCCCAUGGCAUGGAGAGGGCACAUCUUGCCUUGCCCACCCUGCAGGCCCCGGGCUGGGGGGUGGCAGGGAGGGCUGGCAGCCCCCAGGCUGCCGUGAGUCCCCCUCCUGCGGGUGCUGGUGGGGCUCCCAUGGGACAGGGAGGGCACCAGCCAGAGCUCCACACCCCCACAGCCCCCACCUCAACCCCCCCGGUGGCCACAACAGCCCCUCCAGUGUCCUUGUCCCCUGCCAUGCCCGGGCCAGCCCCCCAGGUCACCUCCAGUGGCCUCGGCCAGCAGGAUGCCCUGGGCACAGCCAUGCCCACAGCCCCAGCUCAUGGCCCACCUGCCCACACAGCAGGGUCCCCCCUGGCAUGGGGGACACAGGGGGUGUCCCAGCACCUGGGUCCAGCAUCACCCCACACCAAGCUGACCUCCCAUGGGACCCCGCUCAGUGUCCCUGCACCGAGGGACCCCUCACCGUGGGCCCCCCCAGGGACACCAACGAGGGACCCCUCACUGUGGGCACCCCCAGGGACACCAACGAGGGACCCCUCACCGUGGGAGGAGGAGGAGGAGGAGGCUCUGUUCCCACCGUUGCUCCCCGCAGCAGCCACUGCCAAGCCCAGCUGGGAGGUCGGGAACUGGAGUGAGUGCUCGGCCACGUGCGGCCUGGGCGCGGUGUGGCGGCCGGUGCGCUGCAGCAGCGGCAGUGACGGCGGCUGUCCCGCGGCCGACAGGCCCGUCCCUGCCCGGAGGUGCUCCCUGAGACCCUGCUCGGCCUGGCGUGUGGGCAACUGGAGCAAGUGCUCCAGGAGCUGCGGCGGGGGCACGAAGGUGCGGGACGUUCACUGCAUUGACACCAGGGACCAGCGGCUGCUGCGGCCCUUCCACUGCCAGGCCGGGCUGGCGCAGCCCCCGGCGCAGCUGCCGUGCCACAGUGCCCCGUGCCUGGACUGGUACACGUCCUCCUGGAGAGAGUGCUCGGAGCCGUGUGGCGGCGGGGAGCAGGCCCGCCUGGUGACGUGCCCCGAGCCGGGGCGCUGCGAGGAGAGCGUGAGGCCCAACAGCACCCGGCCCUGCAACAGCCAGCCCUGCACCACCUGGGUGGUGGGCUCCUGGGGACAGUGCUCGGCUCCCUGCGGAGGGGGCAUCCAGCGGCGCCAGGUGAAGUGCAUGGACACCAGGACAGGGGUGGCCGAGGAGGACAGCAGCCUGUGUGACCACGAGCCGUGGCCGGAGAGCACCCAGAAGUGCAACCCCCAGGAGUGCGACAGCUCCGAGCCGGGUGUCCCCUGCGAGCGCGACCGCCUGACCUUCGCCUUCUGCCAGACGCUGCGGCUGCUGGGCCGGUGCCCGCUGCCCACCGUGCGUGCCCAGUGCUGCCGGAGCUGCCGCCAGCCCGGCCCGCUGCCCGCCCGCGGCCACCAGCGCCUGGCCCGCAGGUGACAGCCUGUCCCCAGGCUGGCUGCCGGACCCGCGGGUGGCAGCGCUGUCCCCAGGCUGGCUGCCGGACCCGGGUGACAGCGCUGUCCCCAGGCUGCCGGACCCGCCCGGGCUCGGUAACUCGUGCUACUCUCACACGGUGCUCACAGCACGGCCGGGCCGGGGGGUCCCGCUGCUCCCACCGACAUCCCAGGGGAUGCUGCCGGGGCACCCUGCCCUGGCACGCCAGGGAGGCAGAGGGAAGGGGAAUGAAAGCAGCAAUAAUUCGGGGAAGACCUCUCUGAAAUGCGUAUGGUGCUAUCAUUUGACAUUUGCAGCCUCUCGAAGGUGUUGGCUGGCCAGCACGAACCUUGAUUUUUAUGUUAUUUUUAUAUCUCUGAGGUGAGCAUCCAGCAUUCCACCAGCUCUGCCGACCCUUUGGGGUAGGGAUUUUUUUUUUUGCCUUUAAGGACUUGAAGCUGGCAACCCACUCCUGUAAUUUUCAUUAAAAUGUUUACGCACUGAAGCUAAAUAGAUUUAAUUUAAGAAGUGGAGGCAGGGCAGAGGAAUAAAGUUUCAGCUGCAGUUGGGGCUGUGCAGGGCUCUGUCUCCCCAUUGCUGGCUUCCUCUGCCAAAGCCAUUUUUGUGUCCCUCUGGAGCAGAGGGCAUCACUGGGGACACCGUGGUUUGGAGUCCACCAGGGCAUUCCCUUGCAUGCAUUUGGGCAGGAGAGUGGCACAUCCCCUCCCUCGUGGGCAGCCAGGUGCUCAGUCCCUGGAUUUCUCUAAGUGUAGCAGUGUAAUGCUUGGUUAAGGUGUUUUUUUUCUGCGGCCUUACAGGCUGAACCCUUUUUUUCCUGCUUAUCUAGAUUCUCCUCUGUUAAGGUUAGCUGAUUUUUAACUAGAAUAUCCAAUUUACUCUGAGGCACAGCCCCUACUGCCUGCUCCCAGAGCGGUGUGGGAACAAAUCCCUCCCUGUCUCAGGGAGGGAUUCCUGCCACGUCGGUCUCUGGAGGAGGGCAGGAGCAUUUAGGUAGGAAUUCCUUUCCCUAUUACUCUUCAGGCUGUGGAGGGUGCCCAAAACCUGGGGGACCUUGAAGGGCAAUCCUCCCUGCACGGGCAGAGUCAGGCUGGAGCCCAUCCCGGGCUGCAGAGCUCCAGGUGCAGCUCCCUGGGCAGCACUCAGCCCAAAUUCCUGUGUGUGAUUUGUAUGCAAAACACAAGCCAUGACCUCAGCAUUUGUGCUUUAUUCCGUUCCAAGGUGGUGUAAAGUUUUUAUGGUCCAAGAACCUGUGUCCAGUCCUGGUUUCCUUGUCCCCAGCACCAUCUGUCCCACACCCCGUCACCCUCCCAGGAUUGCAAAGGGACAACCCUUCUGUUGGGGGUCUCACGGCCACAGCUCACCAAGUGUGUUAAAUUAAACAGUUACUGAAGGAAACAGGUGGGUUUCACAUUUUCUCCUCCCCGUGGGGAAUUCCGAACGUUUUCGGCUAAUUGGAGAUGGUUCGGGCACUGGCAGCAGGAAGGAACGAUCAGUUUGCAUCUGAAAAUCAUUCACAGCUGCCCUUUGCAACUGGGAUUUGUUGAUUAAAACAUGAGCCGGGCUGAUGGGGUAAAUCAGUUCUGCACAUCUAUUUCUUUGUGGCCCAGGAUCUGGUGAGCCCCUCGUGCAGGGUCCCAGCUGUGGCUGGCUGGGGGCACAGGAUAAUCCCUCCUGUGGGACACCAGGCCACUUCUAGCCACAUAACAAGCCAGGCCUCCCACCAGCACAGAAACUGCAUUAUCAGUGACAAUAAAACACAU